AUGAGCCAUAAGAGCACAUAUCAAGCAAAAACGAAGAAAGAAAGUCGGUUUGUGGAUACUAAUUUUGCAGAAUUCCAAAGUGCGAACUAUAAUCCCAUAGAUGGCUAUGAAGAACUGGUUGUUUCGUCAUUAGAGCAAGCUGUACAACCAAUUCAUUUACUUAUUCCUGGUAUUUCAGAUUAUGUCACUCAUGCUAAGCAAAAGUGUGUACAAAAUUCGCCUUUGCUAACACUUGAAGAAUGCGCUGCCAUUUAUCUUUAUACCAUGUCAACAAAUUUAUUUAAACAACUAAAUAAAGCACUUCGAGCCAAAAAACGAUGGGAGCUGAAACCAUGGUUUCCCUUCUUGAAACUGUUCAUAACUGCACUAAAGAAACUGCCACCACUUAAUGGCACCGUCUGGAGAGGAAUUAUUGGCAACGUUACUUCUGGCUUCAGUGAAAAUGAUAACGAAACUUGGUGGAGUGUGAACUCCUGUUCAACAGAUAUAAAAGUCGCGCAAGCCUUUUUGAGUCCAUCGGGCACUUUGUUUGCUAUUCAUACCACAAGCGGGAGAAGCAUACACGAGUACUCAGCACAUAAAGACGAAAAAGAGGUCGUGCUUUUACCAGGUACUCGCUUGCUGAUUCAAUCCGGAGUAAUGAAUCACAGCGAUAGCCUCUUCAUCGUUUCUAUGCAAGAAGAAAAUUCUGGAACAUCAUUUGUAGCACCAAGCGAUCCGAAUUCAAACUCACACACACCUUCAACCGAGAUAACAGAAAAAGGCUAUCCAGAUGGUAGUCGAUAUGAAGGAUAUCUCAAGAAUGGUAAGAGACACUGCUUUGGCGUGCAUUAUUACAAGGAUGGAGGAGAUUACACAGGCCAAUGGGUUGAUGAUGAACAAAAUGGGGAAGGAAUACGUACAUUUUCAAGUGGCAGUAGAUAUGAAGGAAUGUAUAGAAACAGUAAAAAACACGGUUAUGGCAUUUAUUGGUUUGCCAAUGGGCAAAUUUAUGAUGGUGAAUGGAUCGAUGACAAAGGAAACGGACAAGCGAUCUAUAUUUGGCCGGAUAAAACGCAGUAUAGAGGAAUGUUUAAAGAUAAUUUAAAGCAUGGGUACGGAAUACUAGCAUUUCCAGAUGGCCGUACCUGGAAAGGAUUUUGGGAAAAUGACAAAUACAAAGGCGAAAUCCAAUAA